GUCCUUGAGAUGACCAGUGGCAAAGUGAUUUUCGCGCUCGCCAGGAUCUGGGGGGUACGAGCGUGCCACGGGGAUGUUCCUAACGCCUAUGUGAAGGCGAUGACGGAAGAUGGCAUUGAGAUCGUGCUUGUGAUCCCGAAAGGCAUGGACAUCAGCAAGGAAACGCUCGCCGAACUCGGGGCUAACGACGUGAAAGAGCUGGGACUGCGCCUUGACCGCAGCCUCUACGGACUAAAACAAGCAGGAAGACAGUGGCAU